GAUCUGUCAACUCUCUUUACCAAAUAAAGCAGCAAAUGGUGGACUGUAUGGAUGGAAUAUACAUAUUUUAUACAAUAAUCGACGUAGUGGAAGUCGUGCGCAUGGGAAUCCGGGUAUUUUUAGAUGGGCGCAGGCAGACCAGUGUGGUCAGACACAGAACCAAUCUAUUAUUAUAAAUAUACCCCUGCUAAGGGCAUUUCUGUAAUCAAUUAGGUACAAUUCUAUUUUAGAGUCGUUGGAAACUGCAGUGUGGAAGCAGUAAAACAACAGUAAACAUGCUGUAAGAUUUGCAUGAGUUGAGUUCUGGGUGUGAUCUGAUCUUAUCUAGGCAAAGAAAAUGAAGGAAUGGGUAUGGAUUCUCUACUCUUUAGCGACUGUUGCAUCUUGUGCCAUUGCAGUGUCGUUCAAAGAUGGAGUCGAUACCCGGACAUAUAUAGUCCAUAUGUCCAAGUCCCAUAUGCCGUCUCUGUUUAACACUCAUGAGCUCUGGUACUCAUCUCUUGUCAAAUCCUUGUCUGUUGACGAUGGUGGUGAGUCCCAGAGCCUGCUUUACAAUUACGAUCAAGUCCUUCAUGGGUUUGCAGCGAAGCUCACAGGUGCUCAAGCUGAGGCCUUGGAGAAAAUGGAAGGAGUUCUGGCCGUGCAUGCAGACAGCGUGUAUGAGCUUCACACCACGCACAGUCCACAGUUUUUGGGACUAGAAGGGAAUACUGGCGUGUGGGUCGAAUCCGAGGGUGCUGAUGAUGUGGUUGUCGGAGUUCUGGACACUGGAGUUUGGCCAGAGAGUCUGAGUUUCGCCGACCAUGGAAUGAAGCCCGUGCCUUCGCAUUGGAAGGGAGAAUGUGAGUCCGGAACGGCAUUCAAUGCCUCGCACUGCAAUAAAAAGCUGAUCGGUGCAAGGUUUUUCUGUAGAGGAUAUGAGGCCACACAGGGGCCUGUAAAUGAGGUGAAGGAGUUCAGAUCUCCCAGAGAUCAGGAUGGUCAUGGAACACACACGGCCUCAACGGCAGCUGGAUCGAUGGUGAUGGAUGCGAGUCUGCUGGGCUAUGCGAAAGGCACUGCAAGAGGAAUGGCGCCUUCUGCAAGAGUUGCAGUUUAUAAGGUCUGUUGGGUUGGGGGAUGUUUCAGCUCGGAUAUUCUUGCUGGUCUGGAAAGAGCCGUCGAAGACGGCGUCAAUGUUCUGUCAUUGUCCCUCGGCGGAGGGGUCGUUCCGUAUUACAGAGACGGCAUUGCACUGGGUGCUUUUGCAGCAAUGGAAAAGGGAAUUUUUGUCUCCUGCUCUGCGGGUAAUGCAGGUCCGGAUCCCGUCAGUUUGGCCAAUGUUGCUCCUUGGAUCACCACUGUCGGAGCCAGUACUCUCGACAGAGAUUUCCCGGCCUUUGUAGUCUUAGGCAACGGGGCUCGUUAUGGCGGUGUGUCUUUAUACAGUGGGAAGAGAUUGCCCCGGGGGAAAUUGCUCCCUCUGAUCUAUGCCGCCAAUGCGAGCAAUGGCAAGAGCAGUAGUAGUAAUCUGUGCUUGAAGAAUACUCUGGAUCCCGAGCUACUGAAAGGCAAGAUUGUUCUGUGCGACAGAGGAAUCAGUGCCAGAGUCGAAAAGGGCGAAGUCGUCAAAUCCUUGGGUGCCGCCGGAAUGAUCCUCGCUAAUACUGCAGCCAACGGGGAAGAACUCGUUGCAGACAGCCAUUUGCUGCCUGCGGCAGCAGUCGGCAGAAGAUUUGGUGACUCCAUUAGACACUACGUCACAACGAGCCCAGAACCGAGAGCAACGAUAGAGUUCAAAGGUACCAUUUUGGGCGUCAAACCUUCACCGGUUGUGGCCGCUUUCUCUUCUCGGGGACCCAAUCCCUUGACGCCGGAGAUUCUCAAACCGGACGUGAUUGGACCGGGCGUGAACAUUCUGGCCGCCUGGACGGGAUUCGCCGGACCCUCGGAGUUAAAAUCCGAUACCCGAGUUGUCGACUUCAAUAUAGUAUCUGGAACAUCCAUGUCGUGUCCUCACGUGAGUGGGCUGGCGGCGCUACUGAAAGGGCAGCAUCCGGAAUGGAGCCCAGCGGCUAUAAGGUCGGCGCUCAUGACCACGGCCUACACAGUCGACAACACAAAAAAUCCACUCAAGGACGUCGCAACGGGUAACAAUUCCACUCCUUUUGAUCAUGGCUCUGGUCACGUCGAUCCUCACAAAGCUCUCACACCAGGUCUGGUGUACGACAUGGACAUGCAAGAUUACAUCGACUAUCUGUGUGCCCUGAGCUAUACUCCACAGCAACUCAGAAUCAUUGCUAAGACCAAUGUGACAUGCUCUAAAUCCAAAUCCGGGCUUCGUCACAGGAAUCCCGGGAAUAUCAAUUACCCAUCGUUUUCUGUUAUGUUUGGAGUAAACCCAAACAAAUCCUCUUCUUUUUCUUCGAUCAGAUACACGAGGACUGUUACGAAUGUGGGCACGACUGGUUCGACCUACAGAGUCGCAGUUUCGAGUCCUCCGGGGGUGAGAAUAGCGGUGAGACCGAAGACGCUGAAAUUUGAAAGGCCGAAUGAAAAGCUGUCGUAUACAGUGACUUUCAUGGCCGCCAGGAGAGUUGCAGUGGGACCUGCAACAUUCGGGUCGGUCACAUGGACAGAUGGAGUACACAAAGUUAGGAGUCCGGUUGCCUUUAGUUGGCACUCAUAAUGCAUCUGUAUUUUUGUGUUUAUUUUCCCUUUCUAUGUUGUCGUGUCUGUAAUGUCGUGUCUGUAAGCUGCUGCCACCAUUUUUCAACUUUUGUCAGAAAUGAAGAAGGGACAUUAAUUUCGGUGGAUUCGCAGCUUUGCAUGUUUUGACGUGUAAACAAGUGUUUGUUUUGUUUCUUCGUUAGUGACAAAAUUUUCAUUGUUUCUGAGACUUGAAAAUAAAAUCACGAGAAUUGGGUGAGUUUAGAAA